ACAUAAGGGCAAAUAUAUAACCAUGUCCUGCCCAACGAUUCUUGCCACCGCCACCCAUAUAACAAACGGUGUUACAUCCGUCGACUGCCAGAAACAAGUACGUUCAUGGCGCCUUCUACGUUCCCUUACGGAACUCCUUAUUCCGACCUGCAACCGCGCCUUCGUCGAACCUGAAGAAAUCAAACACAAAAGCUUUCAAACCUCUUAUCCGAAGCCCGUUUACAAUACUUUUUCUAGCGUAAUUACAGGUACCAUCUUCGGUUACCGCAGGGGAAGACUCAGCUUCUGUAUCCAAGCAAAUUCCAAGUCCACCAACCCAAUUCUCCUUCUAGAGUUUACCGUCCCUACACUUGUUUUGGCUCAAGAAAUGCAGGGCGGUAUCCUCCGAAUUGCGAUGGACUGCACCGGUUUGGCGAGCUGUUCGAGUUCAGAUUCGGUUUUGUCGAUGCCAUUGUGGACCAUGUAUUGUAAUGGAAGGAAAGUCGGGUAUGCAGUUAAACGCAGGCCAUCAAAAGCUGAUGUGGAUGCUUUAAGGCUAAUGAGUUCUGUCGUUGUUGGUGCCGGAAGAAUGAACGGAAAACAGCUCGAUAAUGACGAUGAACUUAUGUACUUGAGGGCUAACUUUGAGAGAGUUCGCGGUUCAUCUGAUACAGAAUCGUUCCAUUUGAUUGAUCCCGAUGACAACAUGGGGCAUGAGCUUAGUAUUUUCUUUUUCCGAUCGCGGUGAAAACUGAAACCUUGGUGUCGAUUA